UAUGAUUGCGAACAUAACCUCUCAAUAUAAAUAUAAUCUACUUUUUUAUUUAUCAAUAAAAAUGUAUUCAUUACUGCAUAAGAAGGAGUCUGCUCAUAACGACAGUAUAUGGAGUUGUGCAUGGGGCCGAUACUCGAAAGAGAAAACUUCGAAUGAUCAAGAUGGGGAUCACUCAAGGGAUUCAAUAGCCUCCGAUGAUGGUGGCAGAGAUUACAUUGUCACAGGAGGGGUUGACGAUCUGGUCAAAGUAUGGGAGUUAGAAGAUGACAUCUUGAAAAUGAAACAUGAAUUGGAAGGCCAUUCUUUGGGCGUCAUAUCAGUAGCUGUUAGUAAUAAUGGGAAAUUAUGUGCUUCGAGUUCACUAGAUUCCAGCAUGAGACUAUGGGAUUUACAGAAAGGAGAAAAAAUUACAACAAUUGACUGCGGUCCGGUAGAUUUAUGGACGUUAGCUUUUAGUCCAGAUGAUAAACAUAUUAUCUCAGGGUCCCAAGCUGGUAUAGUGUCUGUAUACAGUGUCGAAACUGCCAAACUGGAAAAAUCUUUGGAUACAACUAGAGGAAAAUUUACUCUCAGCAUAGCAUAUAGUCCAGAUGGAAAGUAUAUAGCAAGUGGAGCAAUUGACGGAUUUAUAAAUAUAUUUGAUGUUGAUUCAAAUAAACUUUGUCGAACACUAAACGGACAUGCAAUGCCCAUACGGUCACUGUGUUUUUCGCCUGACUCUCAACUUUUGUUGACUGCUUCGGACGAUGGACAUAUGAAACUUUAUGAUGUCCAACACGCAAAUGUGGUCGGUACUCUAUCGGGACAUGCAUCAUGGGUUUUAAGCGUUUCUUUUUCACCAGAUGGAAAAUACUUUGUGUCAGGCAGUUCCGAUAAAACAGUGAAGGUGUGGGAGGUGGCUACAAAACAGUGCAUUCAUACUUUUAAUGAACAUAACGACCAGGUGUGGGGAGUUAAAUUUAACCCUGACAAUAACAAGAUUUUAUCUGUAUCGGAAGAUAAAUCUAUGAAUGUUUAUAAUUGUCCUGCAGAAUAAAGUAAUGAAAACGUU